CUAAACCACUCGUGAGGAAAUUCACAUCUGUCAGCGAAACGAAACAAACCACACAGGGAAACAAGCGCGUCGUUCAAACAACUUUUUAAGAAUUGCUUAACAUUUCAAGUGAUUUGUGACGUUUUAGGGAUUUUUCUCUGAAGAAAACGCGGUGCUGUCCAUAGAAUGCAUUAUUGUUUUUCGCCUCUUAUAUUUGGAGAGGUGCGAAUCACUAUUUUGGGCAGGUGAAAGCUCUGACUGUGCAUGGAUUUGAUGAGCGGGCUUAUGUUUCUCAGUACUGGCUGUCUUUUUAUAUAAGAAAAUAGGUACUGGAUCCAAGACCAGAGACAAACUAAUCAAGUAUGCGCUUAACUGGAGUAGCCUACACUGGCGAGGUGUCCCUUGGAUCACCGCCGGGAUUACGUUGUCGUAAUGUUCAAUACUUCGGACGUCGAUCACACUUUCAAUAAGAGAGAGGAUGUUUCCGAAGUUAUCAAUGGCACUCUGGAGCUUGUCUACAACGUCACCGCUGAUCCUACAGUCAUGUGGAACGAUACGUGCGGGGAGACACUACUUGAUUUCGGCAGUGGAGAGAAGAUAAUUAUCGGAGUGAUGUUGGCUAUCAUCACAGCGGUCACUGUGAUGGGAAACACAUUGGUUGUCAUAGCGGUUUGCGUGGUGAAAAAACUAAGACAGCCAUCAAACUAUCUUCUUGUGUCUCUGGCCGUGGCAGAUCUCUCCGUGGCAAUAGUUGUAAUGCCGUUUGUUAUAGUGACCGACCUAACUGGAGGCAAGUGGCUUUUUGGGGAGGUGUUUUGCAACAUCUUCAUUGGUAUGGAUGUAAUGUGCUGCACAGCCUCCAUCAUGACCCUGUGCGUGAUCAGCGUUGACAGGUAUCUGGGAAUCACCCGGCCCCUCACAUACCCAGCCAGGCAGAACGGUCAGCUGAUGGCCAAGAUGAUCCUGGGGGUGUGGUUGGUGUCCGCCUCCAUCACCCUGCCCCCCUUCUGUGGCUGGGCCAAGAAUGUCCACACGGGCGGCGUGUGCCUCAUCAGCCAGGACUUUGGCUACACCAUCUACUCCACGGCAGUGGCCUUCUACAUCCCCAUGCUCGUCAUGCUCUUUAUGUACUACAAGAUCUUCAGGGCCGCCCGCAAGAGCGGUCUGAAGCACCGCUUCACCGACUUUGCCCGGCGGGAGCGGCUGGAGACAGUGGCCAGUGAGGCGCUGAGGAUGCAGGGCCUGAAGCCGCAAGGUGUGGCCGAGGAGUGUGCGGCGCUAUCCCGUCUGCUGUCCCGUGAGCGCCGCAACAUCUCCAUCUUCAAAAGGGAGCAGAAGGCAGCCACUACGCUGGGGGUGAUCGUCGGUGUGUUCUCUGUCUGCUGGCUGCCCUUCUUCAUCCUGUCCACAGCUAGGCCCUUCAUCUGCGGGGUGGAGUGCAGCUGCGUGCCCAUCUGGCUGGAAAGGUUCCUCCUCUGGCUGGGUUAUGCCAACUCCCUCAUGAACCCCUUCAUCUAUGCCUUCUUCAACCGGGAUCUGCGCUCCACAUACAAGGACCUGCUACGAUGCCGCUACCGCAACAUCAACCGACGCCUGUCCGCCGUGGGUGUGCAUGAGGCCCUCAAGGUGUAGGAGGAAGAAGACAAGGAUGAGGAGGAGGAGAGUUUGGGGCCCCAGAAGCGUCCAAGGAAUUUUAAAUGCCGUCCUUAUUGCAAAAACUACUGGGAAGUGCAGUUUCUGUGGUUGUAUAAUGGAAGCUUAGAGGGAUGACCUGUGACCUGGCAGUAGUAUUGUACAUAAAGACAGAUAAAGACAGAGGCUGACUGUUACUUCCUCUCUAACCCACUGCAGAGGCACAGAGAUAAGGCCAUUCCUUAGGUCUGUGUCUGUGUGACUCGCUCAGUCAUUCUAUUUUGGGACCCAAAACCAUGGACCGUAUUUGACGGGCUAAUCAAGUUGACACUGGCUUUGUGCAUAUGCUACACAGUCCUGACUUCAUAUUCAUGUCUGGUGGAUGGUGCAUUGACGGGAAAUGACAUGCGGACCCAGGCGAUAAUUCUGGGUCAUUCAAAGCAUGGGCUGCGAAUAGAUUUCUGCAUGAGGAUAUUUGCCAAAUUGAUGCUUGAGCAAGUGGGUGCCAGUGGCUAUUGAUUUAAACCAAUGAAGGUCACGGAAUCGGUAUCUACAUAACUGUUUCCAGUUCAUCUUGUCUGUGGUACAGUAGGUGAUGAUGGUGAACAAUUGAAAGUGGUCUGUAUAGGUAUAUGUGAAUCUAUUACUUUGUGGAGGCAGUUAAGUGUUUUCUGUUUACCAACAAAAACACUGCAGAACAGAGGGGUAUACAACAAAGCAGCAUCAAGGAGCCUGAAUAUUCUGAAAAUGUUGAACGUUUUCAGAAAGAUUAUUUUGAAAUUGCCAUUGUCUCAUUGACUCAACAACCAAAAACACAUACAUGUACCUAUGUUUAGCUUUUUUAAUGAACCAGAAAAUCAUCUGUUAUUUGUAGUUGUUUAUCAAAGUUAGCUGGCUAACUCACUGAAUCUGCUUUGUAGUAUACACCUCAGAAGGCACCUUUGCGUUGUCAUUUUAUUUCCAGACAUGCCUUUGACUGUCAGUUUCUCUAUUCAAUCAUUGAAUAGAAUACAUUGAUCUAUGCUGGCCAACAUCACUUAGCUAUUAAAGAGUUAACUACAAAGUCAACCCAAGUGACACACACAGAUACAAGGGACACACACACACAGAUGCAAGGGACACACACACACAGACGCAAGGGACACACACAGACCCAAGGGACACACACACACAGACCCAAGGGACACACACACACAGACCCAAGGGACACACACACACAGACCCAAGGGACACACACACACAGACCCAAGGGACACACACACACAGACCCAAGGGACACACACACACACAGACCCAAGGGACACACACACAGACCCAAGGGACACACACACAGACCCAAGGGACACACACACAGACCCAAGGGACACACACACAGACCCAAGGGACACACACAGAGACCCAAGGGACACACACACAGUACAUGGCCAAGAUAGUAUAUUACUUUUGAAUAUAAAUCGUAAUGCAAAUUAAAGCCAACAAACAAAGUUAAUCUUUCAAUGUUACCACAAAGCACCUGAGGGUAGGAAAUAUGACAAGCCUGUGAUUUGAAGUGAUUUAAUGGGUAAGAGAAAAAAGAGAUGGUACAACAAGUAGGCCUAAUGGUUAGCGCCUGAGAAUGUACUGUAACUAGAAACAUAUUAUCUCUGAGAAUGUACUGUAACUAGAAACAUAUUAUCUCUGAGAAAUGCCCAUUUACAAAAUCCACAGGAACCCUCACUAUUUCAGAAAACAAAACUCUUCAUUUGGCAUUCAUUGUUCAGUGGAGUCUGCAUUGAAACUUGCAUCUGUCUAACAUGCUAUGCAUUAUCCAUGGAGGAGCAGAAUGUUGUGCAUAGUAAAUCUGACAUACAGUACAUAUGUAGGAUCUUAAAACCUUUUACUGCAGUGGACUAAAACAGGGUCACACAGAGUUUUUCUUGGUAGUCUUAAACAAAUCUACUUUGAAACAAAAGUAUACACCUCACACACAUGGUUAUGGGCUUAACAAAGAAGAUACCUGUACCAUGUCAGAUAUAGAUCAUGUUUUAAAUGUACACUUUAUAACAUCACAGAAGAGUGAAAUAUAACAAAAGCUUUGACAUAGAAACACACGUUGUUUAAAAAAAAAUAUUUUGAAAACUAUUAAUAACAUUCCACCCAUGAGGCAACUAGGUCAUUUGACUGCAGGAAAGGGCUACUUUGAUCACUGUUGCAUGAGAGCUUUCCAGGACAUUUAAAACUUGCAGUGUAUUUGAGGUUUAAUAGGCUUCUGGAGUUUGUAAUUUCCAGACUUGGUUUCCCCUUACGAAAAGCAUAUCAACCCCUAAAAUCUUUUAAUUCAUUAUAAUCAACAUAAUAAUUCACAUUGCCUGUUGCUGGAUUAUUUUCUUGCUGUAGCAAACUGGCUGAAAUUAAGAUCCUACAUCUGUAGUUCAGCAGCACAGUGGUUUAAACUACGUCACCCAAGCAUACUUAAGCACAUAAGGGUAAAACAUGUAGAAGUGAUCUUAUUAAACUAUGGAGCUCUAUGGGGAUGUUUUUGCUGAGUUGAGUUUUUACCACAUACACAAACAGUUAGAGUUGGCUGCUUGAAACAGACUGAUUUUCCCUACCGUUUUGUUUGUGUUGUAACAAAAGCUGAUCAAACUAUUCAACAUGACCAUUAUGGAAAAGACACUAAUUAUGCUGAUGAGGUUCACCCAACAAGGAAUAAGUCCACCCAUCAGCAUCUUCAUCUCUAACACCUGAAGCAUCAGGUAUGGCUACUUCUGCUGUCUCUACUUCAUAGCAGGAUGUGGUCAAAACUUCUAGGAACUCUGCCUCAACUUCAGUUGAUCACAACAACUGCUCUGUUCUGUUGACAUUCUCUGUAUUGAUCUGUGUAAAAUGUAAUCAUUGAAGCAGCGUGUGCUUUCUCUACCUCGAUUUUUGUAAAGUACUUGUUCAUUAUUAUUGCAAACAGAUAUCUAUUCCUGGCUUGCACUAUAUUUUGUCAUAUGAUUCCAUGUUAUUUAAAGUGUCUAGUGUCGACAAAAUUCAUUCACAUACCGUCUACAAUUGCUUUGCCGACAUUAUUCUCUCAAAUUUACCUGGAGAAAUGGAAGCAUAUUUAUUUCAUCACUUUGUAAAUAAAGCAGCACUU